UUAAGUGUUUAAUUAAGUGUUUAAGUAUAGCUACAUUGUAGAGGUUUGUUUUAUAAAACGACGAAACUUAUCACAAAUAUCAUAACUUUACGAACAAUUGAAAGUGGAGGCGACCUAACCUAUAAAGACAUGCUUAAGUAAAGGAAGAUUUGACCAUGUUUAAAACAAUUCUGCAACAGACUGCGAUUUUAUUGAAAUUAAAUUAGGUAUUUCAUAGAACUGCAGUAAGUCAAAAUCAGCUCACAUGAUAAAAAUGGUUUGGUCUAUCCUGCACAUGUUAUUACUGAAAGCAUCGUAAAGAGCCCCAUAAAAGGUACGAUUGAUCUGUUGAAUCCGUCGGUUCCGACCGAUUGAAACCACGAUAUCGGUACGGUGUGUCGAGAUCGUUAACGAUCUACUUAACCCUCGACUUAACCUAAUGGGGUAUUGGUAAACGCAAUGAAAACUCAUGAAAUGGUGAAUAUAAUUGUAUUGAUGAAUCGACAGUAUAUGGUCUCUUUGCGGUCAAUCUCGUUUGCACAUAUUGAAUUAUGUGAGCACAAUACUGUUGCGUUUCAAACAUCUGAAUGAUCGAUCAUAACGACCAAUCAUUUUGUGUGUGAGUGGUAACCUUUGACCAAUCUACCGUCAUGAUAUCCUUUCAGACUGAACGCUAUAUGGGGCCUUUAUGUGUUUGUUACCAUUCGCUUACGGUCAUCUUAAUAUUUUUUUGUAUUGUGGAGAUUGAGGUAAUUUUGUAGGAGGCGAAAAUUCUUCACCGCCUCUUGGUAGUGUGCAUUUUACGUAAACUGGUUUGUUCACGUUAUACUAAAGAACAACUGUAAUCACUGCUCUUUUUUCCGUAACUUUAGAGACAGUGUGCCAAUGACACUUUUUUAAAUUAUAGGCCCUAGGACCAAACCAACCGUAGUCAUGCCCAAAGACUUUCAUCUUAUGAGCAAAAGGCGUAAGAAUCAGUUGAUCCAAUUAGGAGUAGACCAGAUUCUAAAUACUGAUAAAGAUGAAGAUAUUGGACAAACAUCUCCUUCUGCAUCUACGACAUGUAGUUUAUUCUCUGAUACUUCACUUGAGUUUCCAGGAUGUCUUAUGCGGUAGUGACAUUCACAAACAGUAGCGACCAUCCAGAUGAAAAUGACUAUUGUACGUCUGAAAUUCCAAUGUCAUGGUUGUGUAAUAAUAACACAAAAUGUUGGUGGCCCACUUCGAAUAAGAAUGUAGGUUCGCUUAUUUCUAAAGGUGCACCGCCAAAUACAGAAAAGUGGAGUGUGGAAGAUGUUGUAGUUGAACAGACGGGGGUUUCUCUUGAAAAGGGCAGGAAGAUUGCUAAUGAUCUAGAUUAUGCAUCAUCGGAUGAUGCCAGCAAGGGAAGAGGAAAAAGAAAAAUUAUUAAUCCUAGGAAGUCCACCUCAGAUGAAGAAUGCAAUACAAACAUAUCCUCUAAAAACUGGAGAAAAUUAACAAAUAUUGCGUUACCACCUCAGUUGCCAGGUUCAAAAGUUGAUAAUUAUGUUCUACCAAUCAGUCCAAUGAUUGCAGAAGAAGCUGGUGUGAGUGGUGAUCAGGAAAAUGAAAUCCAAUGUAUGCCAAUAAUUCUUGCAAGUGAAAACCAAAUUCAGUCAAUGCCAAUAAUUCUGUCAGAUGAACAAAAUUUGUUUCUAGAAAAUAAUGAAGUUAGAGGAAGUGAUGCACAUGUUGAAGAACAAUUUAUAGAUUUGGAUUUAUCUAUUCAGCAUUCUCAGUCUACUAUGAGCAGGACGCAGAAUGUCAUAGAAGAUCCAAAUACAAUAAGCGACUAUAUCGGCAGUUCGAAUGCUAAUAUUGGCGAACACCUCACAAAAAUUACGAGAAUGUUCGUAUCUAUCAAUAUGGCGCUAAAAAGCAUUGAUCAAAGACUAGGAAGACUAGAAACUGGGCCAGAAGGAGCAGUAUGUGAUAAUGAAGGAUUGGAACUGAUUAAAGGAUCUCUUCCAUUGAACGACAUCGAAGCCAUAACAGCAUUUGAUAAUUUGUUAUCCAAUAAAGAAGUUUCAAAACAAUUUAAGAAAUAUGUUACUGGAAUUGGAGGAAGCUGCGGCAAGGAUAAUAUCUCCCGCAUAUUAAAAAGUGUAUUUACAAAUGCCUGUGCUGUGAAUUGUUCCUGGAUGGGUCGAAAAAACAAUUUUGCUAUGCACAAGUUGCGCUGCAUUGCUAUAGUAAAAGAUGUGGUUUGCUCAAGUUUUUCCACUAAGGAAAAUGAAUUCGAGCAAAUGUGUAGUGAAUGGUUACGUUUUGCGAAACAGAGGCUCAACCGUGAAAAGUAAUCUAUAUGUAUUUAGGCAUUACUUUUAUUUUCAUUAGAUAUUUUGGAAAUUUGUGUAAAUGUAUGGAAAUAAACUUAAAAAAAUCUUU